AUGGACCAGAAAGCGGCGUUGUCGUGGAUCAAUCGAAAUAUUCAUAACUUUGGCGGAGAUAGUCGCAGGAUCACACUGCUCGGUGAGAGCGCUGGAGCUGUAUCUGUUUUCCACCACUUAAGUUCGGUUGAGUCACUGUUUGGACAAGUCAUAGCAAUGAGUGGCACUCCGCUACUGAUGAAAGCCCUUCCACCACCAGCAUACGAGCACAUGUAUAAGAUCGUGCUCGAAGCACUGGACAUCAAAUCCCAAAAGCCGCACGAGGAACUCGAGGCGCUUCUGCAAAUAACCUCAGAUGACAUAUUGAACAAGGUUCCUCCCACUGCAGUCUUGCUGCCUGUGGAGGGUGCUGGCACCAUCAACCUACAACUAGGCUCGUCCAAUCUCGAAAAAAGUGUCACAGAGCUACCUGGUCUUGUGUGGUGUAGAAGGAUCAUGACAGGAGAUUGCCAGCUAGAUAGCAGUAUAUUCAUGGCCAUGCUUCAGUCUAAGGCGAACCUUGUCGAUAGGUUCCGGCUUGCUGUUUCGGAUGCCGUACAACACGAUGACCGUCUUACACAGCUAGUUCUCGACACAUACGAUGUCAAGCCCAUCUCUGUGCUAGAAGAAGUGAAUCGAUCUGUGCUUCGAUUCAUCUCAGAUAUAGGCUUUUACGUACCUACUAUCUCUAUUGCUGACUCGUGGCCGACCGAUCGAGCUUUUGUGUACCAUUUCAACGAACGAAAUCCGUGGGCAGGCCCAUUCAAAGGUUUUGCAACACAUAUCUUAGACGUUGCUUUCUUGUUUCAAAACUACUCAGAACUUCUCUCUGAAGAACAACGGACAUCAUCUGAGGACAUGGCUAAGCACGUCGUCACAUUUGUAAAUGGCAAGGAUCCAUUUUCACCGUUUAAGGGCAAGCAGAAUGGUGGUGCUCAUAUAUAUGGGCCUUCUGGUCAGGCUGGUUUCAUUGUUUUUGGAUCAGCAGAGGCCGUUGGCCGUGAUUCGAGAAUCUGGAAGCUUGGUGAUCAGGUCGGUUUGGAUAGAUUACUGGAAGCAUUCCAGAAUAUUCUCAGAGGUUAA